CUCCCUCGCUCUCGCCCGCACAUCAUCUUCCAUUCAUUCCUCUGUUCUUUUAAGAUAUCCUGUAACAUCUUCCCACCUUUCCCAAUUACAUAACAUUACUCGAUCCACUUCGACAGCAGGCCUUCACAUGCACGUGUGUCCACGUCCACUGCACCAAGACCAAAAAUUCACGACCAAUCCUGUUCUCCCUCCUGUCUUUGACUUCCAUCCAAAGCAUAGCAUCCCCAUCCCAGCCCUCCCUCAACACAAACAUUGAAAAAAAUUUAAAAGUACUAGAGAGAGAAAAGGGGGGAGAGACUGAGAAACCCCUGGCAACAGUGAGGGUAGCAGACUAGCAGUAGCACAUGGAGAGGCAGAGGAGUUUCUCUGUCAAGUCCUCUAAACUCCUGAUCUUUUCCCUCACCGUCUCUUCCUCACUCGUCUUCUUCACCUUCUUCUCCGUCUGGGCCUUCAAGAUCACUCCUCCCGCCCGCCCAGAAACCCACCUCCACUUCAACUUAACCGCCGUCUCUCUCGCCAGAAACCCCUUGACUGUUCAGAAACUGACCGGAUUUAGUGGGAAUUCGUCGGCAGUCGGCGCGAAAGGUUCGAUUUUGAUCGAUGCCCAUCUUGAGAAGCCCCACGAUGCUUCUAGAAAUGCAUCUGGGUAUCUGGAAUUCUCAGCUCCGAGGGAGAUUCAGAAUGAUGGAAGUGACUCCGAAGUGCCGGCCGACCAAGACACUGCGUUCGAAGCACUCUCUGAGAAUGACGAUGCUUCGGGUGGUCAAGAAAUCGAAGCGGCAGACUCAAAUGAGAGCACUGAUCCAGAGCAAGUUGUAGUGGCGAUAAGUGAAGGAAUCGAAGAGGGGAGAGAGGAAGCGACAGCAUCGCAGCAAGAGGAAGGUUUAGUCAGUGUGGCGAUUGAAGGAGAGAGUUCAGGAGGUUGUGAAUUGACGAGAGGGAAGUGGGUGUACGACGAGAGCUAUCCUCUUUACACGAAUGCUUCCUGCCCUUUCAUAGACGAAGGUUUCGAUUGCGAGGGAAAUGGAAGACCAGACAAAGACCACGCGAAGUGGAGAUGGCAACCGCAGGGUUGUGACUUUCCAAGGUUUAAUGCGACGACCAUGCUGGAAUUAUUAAGAGGGAAGAGGCUAGUAUUUGUUGGGGAUUCAAUAAACAGGAACCAGUGGGAAUCCAUGCUGUGCCUGUUGAUGGGAGGAGUUCGAGAUCCGAAGAGGGUUUAUGAGACCCGUGGACGGAAAAUCACCAAAGAGAAGGGGAAUUAUAGUUUCAGAUUUGUGGAUUAUAAAUGCACAGUUGAAUUCUAUGUGACUCAUUUUUUGGUCCAUGAGAGCAAGGCACGGCUUGGGAAGAAGAGGAUAAAAACUUUGCGGAUUGACACGAUGGAUCGUGGCACAUCCAGAUGGAGAGGAGCCGAUGUUUUGGUCUUCAACACUGCCCAUUGGUGGUCCCAUUACAAAACAAAAGCCGGGAUCAAUUACUACCAAGAGGGGCGUCAAGUCCUUCCCCAGCUUGAUGUUUCAACAGCCUUCAGGAAAGCUUUAAUGACCUGGGCAUCUUGGGUUGAUAGGCACAUCAAUCCAGCCAAAACACAGGUCUUCUUUCGAAGUUCGGCACCUUCUCAUUUCAGGGGAGGUCAGUGGAACUCAGGGGGGCAUUGCCAAGAAGCAACCCGACCUCUUAAUACUUCCUCAAUUAACUGGUAUUCGGAGAAGAAUGCUAUCCUUGAGGAUGUUAUGAGGCAUAUGAAAACUCCUGUAACGUUAUUGAACAUAAGUGGUCUGUCUGCGUACAGAAUAGAUGGCCAUCCAUCUAUUUAUGGAGGACGAAUGAGGAAAGGACGCUCUUCCAACAUACAGGACUGCAGUCAUUGGUGUCUGCCUGGUGUUCCAGAUACGUGGAACGAACUUCUGUAUAUGCAUUUGCAAACUAAACUCCGUCAUAGUGUCCAGUAAAUGUAUAUUCGCUCAAUUUUUCUUAGUUGCUUUUUGGUUUUUUCUCAAGUAUAAUCUCAUUAUUUUGUUUUUCAAUUGAUCUUCCUAAUUUCGUGUUUGUUCACUUCCCCAUGGGCCUUUAUCUUUGUUGUAAGUGAUUGGAUUACGGCUAGGAAACAGGUGGAACUUAGGGUGAAAAUGAAGGGAUCAUAUUCUUUUUGGAAAUUAUUUUGCGAGUGAA